UUGUCCAUGGCUGUACCGCACUCAACAGUCAACAAGGUAAAAUUAGAUGUCCACCAUUAUCCCACGCUACUCCAGAUUUCUACGCAUUUUCUCUCCUCGAAAUUCUCCCAACACUCUCCUUUGUUUACUCACCCAACUUCGUUGUACCAGCAACUGCUGUCGCACCGCCACUGUGCGAACGUUUCUGAGGCCAUUUUCCUUCACGGGUCAUUGCUUAGCUAACGACAGAGGGAAAUUUUCGGUUAGGCUUUCAGCCAUGUCGAACGCCGGAGGUGAUGGUCAUCAACUACUCCAAUUCCAGCUGUCUCCGUCGAAUCUGCUCAAGAUACAGAAAGGCGACAUCACUCAGUGGUCUGUUGAUGGUUCCUCCGAUGCCAUAGUAAGAAUUUGGGUCAAUCCAGCCAAUGAACGAAUGCUUGGAGGUGGUGGUGCUGAUGGAGCUAUACAUCGAGCUGCUGGUCCAGAAUUACGGGCAGCGUGCUAUGAGGUCCCAGAAGUACGACCUGGAGUUCGCUGCCCCACAGGAGAAGCAAGGAUUACCCCAGGCUUUCGGUUGCCAGCCUCUCACGUUAUUCACACAGUUGGACCAAUUUACAAAGAAGAUGAAAACCCCGAAGCCUCUCUGAAAAAUGCAUAUAGAAACAGUUUAGUUGUAGCCAAAGAGAACAACAUUCAUUAUGUUGCAUUUCCUGCCAUAUCAUGUGGAGUCUACGGAUAUCCUUAUGAUGAAGCUGCCUCUGUGGCCAUAUCUGCGGUCAAGGAAUUUGCAAACGACUUGAAGGAGGUGCACUUUGUUCUGUUCUCAGAUGAGAUUUAUGAUGUUUGGUCGAAGAAGGCUAAAGAAUUACUCCAAAAUUCAUAAAUAUGCCAUAUGUUGAGUAUUGAGUAGACUGUGUAUAAGCAGACUGCAUUACAUGAUGCUAUUGGUGUGGUUUUCCCAAAAUUAUAAUAAAGAAGCAUCUUGCAGGUUGGAAUCUUUUUUUUUUUUUUUUGGGAGUUCCAGUGGUUUGAAGCAUAAGUUUCUAUUUCUAAUCGUAUGGAAUCAGCGUUGAUGCCAUAUAAUGAAAUAUCUGUGAUGGCUAAUAAACUUUAU